AUGCCAGCCAGAAAUGUAAGCUAUGUAAAGGAUUUUUUCAUUGUCGGCUUUCCUGGACUUCAGCCUCAUUACUAUGGCCUUGUAUCUGCAGUUCUGUUCUUUGUUUAUGUGUGUACAAUUGUGGGUAAUGCUGUAUUUUUUGCAUUGUUUGUAACAUCUAAGAGCCUUCAGAAACCUGUAUAUUAUUGCAUUAUAAAUCUUGUUGUGUGUGAUGUUCUAUUCAGCACCACUACAUUGCCAAAGAUAAUCAGCAGGUAUUGGUUCCAAGAUGGCACCAUUUCAUUCUUAGGCUGCUUUCUUCAAAUGUUCUUUGUGCAUUAUUUUGGCUCAGUCACUGCACGCCUGUUGGCAGUCAUGGCUAUAGAUCGCUAUGCAGCAAUAUGUUUCCCGCUUCGAUAUCAUAGUAUCAUGACAAACAGAAAUUUACUCAUUCUGAUCCUUGGCUCUUGGAUUUUGGGUUUGGUAGGCCCUUUGAUGUUAAUCAUUCGAGCAUACCCUCUCCCUUAUUGUGCAGGAAACAUCAUUGUGCACUGUUAUUGUGAUCAUAUUGCCAUUAUAACACUGGCAUGUGCUGACAGAGAAGAGUAUCUUUAUCCAGCUUUCAUUAUUGCUAUGGUUGUACUACUGGGCUCACUUAUCAUUAUUGUUUUUUCUUACUGUGCAAUCAUUGUGGCAGUUCUGCGUAUAUCAAGUACUCAAGGAAGACUGAAGACUUUCUCCACCUGCAGUCCUCAGCUCAUCAUAAUUGCUCUCUUUUUCUUACCCAGGUGUUUCAAUUAUUUAUCAAGCAUUAUUAACAUUAAGUUCAGCACUGAUUUGCGAUUAGUCAUUAUAAUGAUUUAUAGCCUGCUUCCACCCAUGAUCAAUCCUCUCAUUUAUUGUUUAAGAACAGAUGAUGUUAAAAAGGUUUUAAUAAGACAUGUACAAAGGAAACAAAUAGGUGUUCCCCUAGAA